AGCCCUCUAUUUUCUCUUUCUUUUUCCUCAUUUUAUAUUGAUGCUCCAGUAGCAGUGUACUGCUGUUCUCUGUUCCUCGCAAUCCCGCCAUGGAAGCCACACUUUUCAGCUCGACUUCCUUUCUUCCCCAUCCCGUUCUCAGAAAGCCUGCCAAGAUGAGAGGUUCUGAUCUUCAAUGCUGGUGUCCAUGUUUUUCUCUAUCUUAUUCUGCCAUUAGAACAAACCCUAUUGAAUUGAGCAGAAGACAAUUCAUGUUUCUAGACAAACCUUUUAUUUCAAAAUUGAAUAAAAGAUUCUCUAGCAAGUGCUCCAAUCAAUUCCGCAGGGACUGUAUGAAUGUUGAUGGCACAUCUGCACAGUCUCUAAAUGUUGAGGCUAUUUCACCAAUGCCAAAUGGUGAGGCAAAUGUUCAGAGUUCACAUCAAAUAAGCGACUAUGAGAAGCUGCAGUCCAGACCUAACAUGUUUAGAAAUCGGUUUCUGAAUUUUGUGCGUUUUAGUUCUGUCCUCAAUAAUGCUGCUGAAUCAUUCUUCAAGAGUGAGAUACGGCGGAGAUUGUUUGUGACAGCAUUACUAAUUAUUAUUAGUCGUGUUGGUUAUUUCAUUCCUCUACCUGGGUUUGAUAGAAGGUUGAUACCUCAAGAUUACCUCAGCUUUGCCUCUGGAACUGCAGAUGAACUUGGUGAUUUUACUGGAGAGCUUAAAUUGUCCCUUUUCCAGCUUGGUGUUGGUCCUCAAAUCAUAGCAUCAAUCAUCAUGCAGGUGCUUUGUCACGUUGUUCCUUCGUUGGUAAAGCUACGCAAGGAAGGCUUAGAUGCUCAGGAGAAGAUUAAGAGUUAUAUAUGGUGGAUGUCACUUGGAUUUGCAAUAGUGGAGGCUUUGAUAGUUUCUUGUUAUUCACUUCCAUAUUCAAUCUAUGUAGCCAGCCACAGAGUCAAACAUGUGGUCAUAACUUCGCUUUUCUUGGUUUGUGGUGCGAUGACAAUAACAUGGAUUUGUGAUACCAUCUCAGAAUCUGGAUUUGGUCAAGGAUCAAGUCUAAUUAUAUGUGUUGGAAUACUUACGGGCUACACAGAAAUGCUGCACAAUAUGUUGUCUCGGCACUCAGGAAGUAUAAUGAGUUGGGGCCCAUAUGUACUAGGUUUGUUGGGCGUUUUUACUCUGGUCACUAUGUGGGCAGUUGUUGUAACUGAAGGCUGCAGGAAAGUAAAGCUGCAAUACUAUGGUUUUAAACUCGCAUCGGCUGCUAGAGAUGACUCUCCAGUCACUGAAGUGGAGCCUUAUAUUCCUUUUAAUAUCAAUCCAGCAGGAAUGCAGCCUGUUCUUACCACUAAUUAUCUGUUGGCCGUUCCCAGCAUUCUUGCAAGUCUUCUUAGUUCACCUUUUUGGGAGCAUGCUAGGGAGAUAUUGAAUCCGGAAUCUUCUAUUGGCGCUAAGCCUUGGGUGUACUACUCAAUAUAUGCGUUCUUCGUCUUUCUAUUCAAUAUAUUUGACAUUGCAAACUUACCUAAGGAAAUUUCUGAUUACUUGAACAAGAUGGGUGCCCGGAUACCAAAUGUAAAGCCUGGGAAUGCUACCAUUGAAUACCUCACAAAGAUUCAGGCAUCAACACGGUUCUGGGGGGGUGUGCUGUUAAGUUUUUUGGCAACAUCAUCAACCAUACUUGAUCAUUAUCUCCGUCGCAUCAAUGCAGGAUUUGCAAUUGGGUUUACAUCCAUCUUAAUCAUUGUUGGUUCUAUUAUUGAACUGAGAAGAUCAUAUCAAGCAUACAAUGUGAUGCCAAGUUUAAGCAAAGCUUUAAGGCGGUAUGGCGUAUAAUUUCCAAAGAUCCAGUGAAGGUUAUGCAUUUGUUAUCAUUUCACAAUGUGUAGCUGAGAAACCAGUCUAUUGGCAGUACUGAGAUAUACAAUCCUCCAAUUGAUUUCUUGAGGAGCAUCAAAUAUUUUUGGCUGAGUAGUGUCUUCUGAACAAGAUUCUCUGGAUAUUUUAAAGUUGGCUGGCGUUGCAGCAGAGGAGGUAGAAGCAAAAAAAAGAAAAGGGUUUGUAGAUACGAUGAUAGCUUUUAAAUCCAUGUACUUUAUAGAAGAUAGAAGAAAUUCAGUUUGAUUGUAGAUCAAUGUCUGCUGACGUAGAGUCGUAGAGCCGAAGCACAAUCGACACCAUUAGUACUGAAAGCACUGUAAUACAAAACAUUCACAAGCUUAAAACAUUCACAAGCUUGUUGACGAAGCAAAUUUUGUUACAUCAUCUGCCCUAUUCAUAUUGAUAUUCAGGGCAAAACUUAUAUAUAUAUAAUUAUAAUAGAUUAUAAAAUGAUACAAAUUGGUCACUCGUGUAGCAAUGAAAAUAUUAAUUUUAUGUGAU